CGCGCCUACCCGUGCCGGGCGGGGGAGUGCCGCGGCGGUGCGCCCGGGUCUGUAACCAGUCUCUCGGCGGCCGUUGCCGGCGUCCAGCGGUGGUCGGAGGCAGCCUGUGUCGCUCCCUCCUUUCCGUCUGCCGGACCUCGGCCCCAUCCCGCGCACACUUGUGUCGGCGGUGUUGGAGAAAGCGCUUUCCUCUCCCCGCCUCAGCCAGCCGAGUGCGCCCGCCCUGCCCGGGGAAGGCGGGGAUGUGUGUGGAGGGAUUCCGCUUUCCCGGGAGCGAGCUGGCAGAAGAUCUUCAUGUAACUGGCUGAAAAAUGGUUCCACAAGAUGACAGCUCCAACUCUAACACUGUUAAAAUGGAGCCUAUCUUCACUUUGACAUGAUGUGUGAAGUUUAUUAGCCAGCUUUUUUUGUUUGUUUUUUUACAGUUAUUGUAGAAGGUUACAAAUGGUGUGGGUUUUUAUCAUGAAUCGAAUGAGCUCCCAGAGCAGUUCAUCCACUCAGCGUAGACGAAUGGCUCUAGGAAUUGUCAUUCUUCUCCUCGUUGACGUGAUAUGGGUUGCCUCUUCAGAACUCACUUCUUAUGUUUUUACAAAGUACAACAAACCUUUUUUCAGUACAUUUGCAAAAACAUCCAUGUUUGUUCUAUACCUCUUGGGAUUUAUUGUUUGGAAACCGUGGAGGCAACAGUGUACUCGUGGGUUUCGUGGAAGGCAUGCAGCUUUUUUUGCAGAUGCCGAAGGUUAUUUUGCUGCUUGUACAACAGAUAACACUGUAAACAGUUCUCUGAGUGAACCUUUAUAUGUUCCUGUAAAGUUUCAUGAUUUGCCAACUGAAAAAAAUGGCAGUAAUAAUAGUGAUGCAGAGAAAACUCCCAAAAAGCCUCGUGUAAGGUUCAGUAAUAUUAUGGAGAUUCGACAACUCCCAUCGAGCCAUGCAUUGGAAGCAAAGUUGUCUCGCAUGUCAUAUCCAACAGUUAAGGAGCAGGAAUCAAUAUUAAAAACUGUUGGAAAACUCACUGCAACUCAAGUAGCAAAAAUCAGCUUUUUCUUUUGCUUUGUGUGGUUCUUGGCAAAUUUUUCUUACCAAGAAGCUCUGUCAGAUACCCAGGUUGCCAUAGUUAAUAUCUUGUCUUCAACCUCUGGGCUUUUUACUUUAAUCUUAGCAGCAGUCUUUCCCAGUAACAGUGGAGAUAGGUUUACCCUGUCCAAAUUAUUAGCUGUUAUUUUAAGCAUUGGUGGUGUGGUACUUGUUAACCUUUCUGGAUCUGAGAAAUCUGCUGGAAAAGAUACAAUAGGUUCCCUUUGGUCUCUUGUAGGAGCAAUGCUGUAUGCUGUGUACAUAGUAAUGAUAAAAAGGAAAGUAGAUAGAGAAGAUAAACUUGACAUACCAAUGUUCUUUGGUUUUGUAGGGCUGUUUAAUCUGUUGCUGCUGUGGCCAGGGUUUUUCCUGCUUCACUAUACUGGGUUUGAAGCAUUUGAGUUUCCCAAUAAACUAAUAUGGAUGUGCAUUGUCAUUAAUGGCCUUAUUGGAACAGUUCUGUCAGAGUUCCUCUGGUUGUGGGGCUGCUUUCUUACCUCAUCACUGAUAGGCACACUUGCGCUAAGCCUUACAAUACCUCUGUCCAUAAUAGCUGACAUGUGCAUGCAAAAGGUGCAGUUUUCCUGGUUAUUUUUUGCCGGGGCAGUCCCUGUAUUUUUUUCUUUUUUCAUUGCAACUCUGUUAUGUCACUAUAACAACUGGGAUCCAGUGAUGGUGGGAAUCAGAAGAAUUUUUGCCUUUAUUUGUAGAAAACAUCGAAUUCAGAGAAUGCCAGAAGAAAGUGAGCAGUGUGAAAGUCUCAUUCCUAUGCAUAGUGUUUCACAAGAUGGAGACAGUUGCUGUUCAUAGACAAAAGUUUAAAAAUGGAAUGAUGCCCAGCGAAGAGACAAUCUUCUGGAAAAGUCCCUAAGGAAUCAUGUUUCAGUGCCUAUUCUGAAUUUGUAGUAAAAAUAAGAAGUUUCAGUUCUUUUGAAACUCUAAACUUUUCCUCUUUCUUGCUUUCAUCUGGUUUUAUAAAUGAACAAAUUGACUACAUGCCUACCACCAUAGGGAGUCUCAGUCCAUCUGAGCAACCAACCUGCCUUAUAAUACUGAGCUGGUGAAGUUACUUGACAAAAUCAAGAAAACAAAUGCUGUUAAGUGAUUUCUUUCUUUUUUUUUAAACUCACAAUUUUGUUAAAUGCUGGACAAUAUUAUUUUUAAAAAAUACUUUCAAAUGCUUUAUGUAAAUAAGUUUGCAGGUCAUCAAGUCUUACGGGCUUUCAGAUGAAAAGCUAAAUAGAUAUGUUACCUGUAGUAGGUACAAAUUAACUUUUUUAUGUUGUAUAAACUAUUUGCAUAUUAAUAGAAGAAAAUAGAAAAAUAAUUUAUUAAGUACAUUCUUGUAAUUAUUGAGGCAGGAUCUUUGUACGGUCCUAGAACACUACAUAUAUAUUGUCUUAUGCCAUUUUGAGAAGCCUUGUAAUGGCAGUGGGUGCCGAUGUUUAAAAAUCUUUUGUUACCUAACAAUCUGGAAUGUUUGAAGUUUUAGAGAAUGGUAAAAUAUUUCUAAUUAUAGUACAGUUGGGUGUACAUUCUCAAAAUCAAUGUUUGUUUGAAACAGACUGAUUCUGUAAUCCAUUCUUAUUCCCAAUUAUCUAACAUGGAAAACUAAAUUUGAAAAUUUUCACAUGUAUAGCUGCCAAGUUAUAAAAGAGAUCAAAUUAAUUGUGAAAGUUUUCAGUCAAUGGGUUGGCGCUACAGUAAUCUGCUAAACAAUCUGAAGGAUAAAGGUGUUUGCAUUGAUUUCCAGUUGCAUUAAUAAGUUUAUUCUAAAAUUUAUCAUUUUCCUUAUAACUUGUAUCUUCCACUGCAGUGCUUCUGUCCUAUUUGAUUCUGAAAAGUUAUGAAUAUUCAGGAAUAUUUGAAAUUAGUGCCAUUUUCCAACUUCUGGCCUAUAAGACACAUUAAAGUUAAUUUUGGCUUUUGACGGAUUUUAAUUUUUUAUAAUGAAUGUAGGAUGGAUUUUCAGCCAACAGUAUUCUCUUCAACAUGACAAGAUUAUUAAUAAUGUAAGGUACUUUACUAUCCUUCCACACAAAUACAGAAGGAUGACGUAACACAAAUGCCUUUUCAUGUUUUGACACUCAGUAAUGAUCCUUCCAAAAGAGAUUUUGGUGGUUUGGUGAUACAACUGCUAUGCAAGAGGGAAUGCAGGAAAGCAAUAUGCUUAGCUAUACAUUUAGAAGGAUUGAUUAGCAACCAGCUAGAAUUUAAUGUAAAAAUCUGUGAGUAGAGAAAGAAAAAAAAAUAUUAAACCAGGGGCUAUUGUGGUCAAAUAUUGCACCUUUAUAAAAUUUUUCCUUCCAAUUUUUAAUACUGGAUUACACUACAAGUUUCAGUGAUCUGAGGCAUCUCUUUAAGAUGAGGUAGUAAGUCCUCCUUUGGAUACCUGAAAUAGGAAUAGAAAGAAAAAAAACCCCAAACCCACAACAAAACCACAAACCCAAAACAAACAAAAAAGUUUAUUAAACUUAUGUAGGCAUUUUGAGAAACGUCACAUUUCAAUUCUCAAACCCCACAAGUAGAGGGCAUGAAAAUGCAGUAUGUAAAACUAGUUUUACAUUUGACUUUGGUAGAAUUUGCAAGAUUUUUUGGUAAGUGGAGUUUCCUUAGCUGUUGGGGGAUUUUUAUGGAUAUUUUUUUUUUUUUUUCCUAAAUUAUGACAGAGGAUGUUAGCUUCAACUUUUUUUCCAAGAAGUAGUGUUAAGGCCUAAUAGCAAUAAAAAACUAAUGUCUGUUUUCAAUUAAUGAUAUGUUUCAAUGAGAUCAUGCCAGAUAUAUAAUACCAGGCAUUAACUACAAAUUUGAAUCAUGUGGGACUUGUGGCAUCAGCAAACUAAGCCUGGGAAAACUGAGUUUGCUUUCAGAUGGGCGAUUACAGGGUUUUUUAGUGAAAUAGUCUACUGCUGUCUUUUGCAGUUGGUCAUACUGAUAGAAUUGGAGCUGUAAUGUAUAAUGGACAAUUGCUAUUCAUAUUUGUCCUUACGUUCAUGGCUUAAAGUGAAACAUCAUCAUAGUCUCCCAUGUAUAUGACUUGUGUUCACUUGCGUUAUUCAUUAGUUUGAGAGGUUAAGGAAGUAAGUAUUAAGAGAAUGUUUUUCUGUGUCUGACCCCAGGAAUGUUGAAGAAUGUUUAGUAAACUCGAAGUUAGGGCUUUCCCACUGGUUUUGUUUUUAACAAAAACUUGUUAAUUUUUUUUUUAGAUAUUAAAUAUUUUAAUCUCAUGGCACUAGGUAGCUUGAGCAGUCUUUUUGCAUUAAAUUACAGUUCUUUAAAGAGUAAGAAACAAACUGUCCUUCCUGAAAGGAUUUUUAAACAGUGGUGCCCCUGUAGUUACAAGAAAUGUGUUACAGUUUUAAUUACAGAAGCUAUGACAUGUAACAUUGUUCCUGCAUUUAAUAGAAUGUGAUGAGGUUUUUUCUAUAAAAUCUUGUGAUUUUUAGUACAAUAAUAUUUUAUAAAUAUAAUGUCUAAUUUGAAAUGUAAAUUGCGUAGCUCUCUAAUGGGUGCUUGGUAAAUGCACAAGAGAUUUAGCUUUGAUUCUCAGAUUCUCAGGUACCUCUGACGUAAUGGAGACAUGCUGGGUUUUUCUUUCUCAUUACACAACUGGAAUGUGAAGGAGCUCUCUCGUAAAUGCAUUACCUCUGUGUGCUAGCAUAAAUUGUCAUUGCUCUUGCUAUUUCAAUUUGGGAAUGUUUUUAUUCUGAUUCUUGUAGGAAGCACAUACACUUUAAAAAAAUAGUGAAUUUUUAUUUCAAGCAUUUCUUUCGAUGUCAUUAGAUGCUUAAGGAACAGUGAUUUCCCAUGCCUACAAAAAGGAAAAUGAAUACUACAUGUGUUGCUGUGUCAAAUAGUUGAACUAAUUCCUGUAAUCCUCUGAGACAACCAACAAUUUCUUCUGUGUGUGAUUGAGGUUUUGGAGCUGUUUGAGUUUUAUAUAUGGAGGAAAUGAUGAUUAUUUGCUGAAUGCCAUGUAGCAUGCCUUCACUUUUAGGGUUUUGGUGAGUCUUACGUAGUUUGAAGUACAGGGUACUGCACUCCAGAACAAAGAGAAAGAGGGAUUUCAGUUUUUCUGUCUACUUUCUGUUAGGUUUCAGUCAUGCUGAAAAUGUGUUCAUUAUGAGGGGCUGCUGUAGAUGUAAUGCUAAUUCAGCAAAGGACUGAAAUACAUGCAACAUCAGUACUGAACAAUUGCUUAGGAAGUACGGGGCACAUGAAUGCUACUGAAGACACCGAGGGCCCAACGUUUCUGUUGCCCAGUGUGCGCUGCAUCUUGCUUGUUGGCUUUUGGUCUGUGGAAAUCCAUGUAAGGGGCUGGGGGCUGUAGUACAUGACUGACGUGGCUUGUCAUGGACUGGGGCUGGAGUGGGCUGCACACUGCGACUCAUAAGCAGGGAGGCUAAUGCACCGCCCGGUUGUCUCACUGUGGUGGCACAAAUGCUUUGCAGAAAUAGGGUGUUAAGCAGGAGUAUUCUUCAAAUGACAAACGAUGGAGCUGCAUGUGAUACUUGACCUGGAAUGCUGGUAUAUGCAUUGCAUACCUCCUUGGAAUGUACUAGCAAAAAUAGGAGAGCCUGCAAAUUACUUUUCUUAGUGUGUGCUGUUGUAAUUGUCAUUCACUUUCACAAUACUCAUUGUGCCUAGGUACAGCUAUUCACAACUAUGAUUGCUUUAAAUAAGGUGGUAAAAUGAUUUCUUUGUAAUUCUUGGUUCCAUCUCUCUUUGUGUUGAAUGUUAUCAUUCCUAUUCCCUCCUAAAAGAUCCUCCUGCCUUAGAGAAAUUAAGUUACUGAGCUAAGCUAUCAGAGGAGGGGGGAAACCAGUUAAAUUUUAGACAUAGAGUGAGUUUAUGGACACACUCUCAAAUUUCAUAUGAAAAUAGGCUUUGGUAAGGCAGAGUGUUUGUGUGUUUGUAAAUGAAGUUAAGAAGCGGCAUACUCAAAAAUCAAGAAACAGAAACUAAUGUUAAUACCACAGUGUUGACUUAUAUGGCUAACUAUAGGAUGGUACUUUUAAUCAGUUUUCUUUAUUUGGGAUAAGUUUUGAGUUGGUUACCAUUUCUGUUAUGGCUGUCAUAUGUAGUGUCUGCAAUUUAGUAGUUAUAACUGCAGUAGUAUUUAAGUCUUGGUUCAUAAACAAUUGUUAUGCAUGUGUUGUAGGGUUUUGGUUUUUUUUUUUGUAUCCAGGAUUGCAUUAAUGCUGUAUUUUGUUUUACAUGGUUAUUGCAGGGCUUGAUUUCUCAGGGAAAUACGGAUGAUACCAUGCAUGGUGAGAGCUGAUAAUUAGUUCCUGCUUUUAAAAUCGUUACAAACAUUUUCAGGUUUCACUCGGACAUUUCACAUCAUGUAACUUUCAUGUUGAACUUCCUUAGGCUUAUCAGGUAAAUCACGAUGAGAAUGUUAAGAGCUUUUAAAGGUGUUAAUAAAAUAUACUCUGCCCAACACUUUGUUACUUUUUGGACAAAUGUCCAUUCUAAAGUGUUGCUGCAAUUUGUGUGUGGUUUUCUAAUUAUUGUACUAUGCACCAUAUAAUUUGUUACCCUGCUGAUUUUGAAGCUGCAGUUCUGGCAUGACAGUGACAUUAACUUUCAGGGUUAGGCAAUGCUAUAGUAAUACAUGAUCUGAUUCUGGGGUAGGGUACCAGCAUAUAUCUUCUAACAUUAUAUAUAUUCAUUUAUAUCAUUACAUUUUUACAAAAUCUGUUCACUUUGGGGAUUUUUGUUUGUUUUUCCAGUAGCCAAAGUCACUUUGGCUAGACAGGGAUUUAAUCCAAAGCCCAUGAGAGUCAUAGACAGCAUUAAUAAAGUAAAACUUUAUUGGAAAGAAACCCCGCAGUCAGGUUGACCUUUAUGCUUUUGCAGUAUUUCUGUCUGCAGCAUACAUUUGGAGUGGUUUGCUUUAAGACUUCAGCAAUAUAAAUUUGAGGGACUUUAGUGCUGGUAAAAAUGGUAAAUGUACCACUGUAACUGGUCACAAAAAAAUAUUUCCCUAUAGCCAGCAUGCAGCUUAAUUAUUUAGAAGGUGAAUUUGUCUUGCUACAUGACUUCUCUUUAAAAUCAGUAGCAUGAGAAAUGUUAACCACUGCACUUAGUUGUAUAAGUCUAAGAGAUUUUUUUUUUUGUCAAUAAUGAGAAUAUGUGAUCAUAGUCAUCAGCCUGGAGGAUCAACUUCCUUUUGAUGAUUUCUGAUUUGACAUUUCCAUUCACUUUGCAAAGAAUCCAACAGGGCAUUUCCUCUUUAGGUAAAGCUACUGUAUUUUGACUGCCCUAGUUCUCUAUAUUGUUAGAAAUCCAACAUAAAACAUAAAUGUAACGUACAAAUGUGACUCUGCUUAGUUAUCUGUGUUCUCACUCUCCUGUGAGGUUAAGUAUUGCAUCAUUACAUCUGGUAUUAGUAGGUAACCAGACCGUUUCUGGAAUGUCUACUACCAUGAUGUGGAAUGCAUCCAGAAUUUUAUCUAGUUUUCACUUCCUACUUUUUAAAAGCAUAAAAGGCUUUUCUCUGAGGAUUUUUGUAGAAAGCAGCUGUUUAGUUCUACAAGUGCAGAGUUCUUUAAGUGCAUCUCAGUUGAUAAAGUUGCAUCCAAUGUUUUUUAAUGAACUUUUGACUGUUUUAUCAGGUAAGGUGCACAAAGUUUGUAUAUGUUCCACAGAAGAAAAAUGACUGGACACUGGAAUGGCCUCAGAAAUAAUAAUUCAGGGAUGUUUCUAUAGUUCUUCACAUAUGUUCCUGAAGUUUUUCCACAGGUUUGUUUUGUUUUUUUUAAACCCCAACCAAACAAAACCAAAAAAACACACUUAGCAAGCUGAAGGGAAUUAGCCAUUUAGCAUAGAACUAAUUUUAUGCAAAUGACUGUGUUUUCAUUAGAGAUAUCCUUCAAUAUAUUACUGAGGUUGCCAGCCCACAAGUCUUUCCUUCCUUGUGUUAUAGGUGAUGCUUUUCUUCUACCUAAGUCUGACCUUUGCAUGCCAAUUAAACUAGUUCCUCUACUAGAAUGAGUAAUUUCUAAAGUAUUUUUAGAAUCUCCUUUUUCCUCUAGUUAGGGAAACAGCAGGGGCUUUCCAGCCAAACAGUAUCCCUUUCCUAUUGGAGAAGGAAAAAAAAAACCCUUUAAAAAAAUAAAGCAAAAAAUCUUAAUUGAAAAUAAAGAAUCUUACUCAGCAGCAUAUGGGAUCAGCUGUAAAAUCAUUGGGCUAGUUUCUUACAUAGCCUAAUUACAUACAGGCAAUAGUGUACUGGAUCUCUCGUUGAUUUUGAUUUAAUAUAGAAUGUAGCUAUUUUAAAUAAUCAUUUCAUAUUGAAGCUCAGUGCUUACAUUGAGCCCUGUGAUUGUUAAAAUAAAAUACAUAUUUGGAGAGGGUACAUACUUGAGGAGUUUCUUCUCUGUUUUUAGGGGUUUUUUUGUGAAGUGUUACAAAGUCCCACAUACAAUCCAGUUACAAAUGAAUGCUCUAUUAAUUGAAAAUCAUGAGAGACUGUUUACACAAAGCUAUAUUGAAAGCUUAGCCAGUCGUUAAUGUUAUCUGGAUGGAAUUGGAGAAGUGUAAUGAGUAUGCGAUACAACUUCAGCAUUGUACAGCUGAAAGGGUCCUUGUAAUGACUUAAAAUUUGUAUAAGUUCUCUCUGGAGUGGGUAUUAGUAAAACAAAAUUGUUUAUGAAACUUUUUGUUUAGUUGUUUAAUCAGAUCCAUCUGUGAAACUUCUAAAGCUUGUGUGCAUUAAAAAAUGCACAAAACCCAUCGUUAGUAGUUUUGAUGGUCUUUUUGGCAUUACAUUUUGUGCUCAGUUUCAGUGAAUUCUGAGUAACGCUUUUAAAGCAGAAGCUGCUUUAACCGAAGAACUUUCAACUGAAGAAGACUUUUGUUGGCAUGAAGUCUGUACGGUUUGCUAAUAGUUGGAUGUUCCGAGAGCACAGCUAGUUCCAGGUAUAUACCCUCUAUGAAACAUCUUUAUGCAUAAUCUUGUAACCAUUUUCCUUAGUGAGACCAGAACGUGAAUUGCUGAUGUGUAUUGCAUUUGCACUUAAAUACCUGAUUUCAGAGUGUGUUAAACCUUGAUCUAUUUUUGAUAAAAAAGAAAUGUAGCAUUUUUAUCUAAUUUCCAUUUAAUGAUAACUGUAUUCGUGCAGAGAAAAACAUAUAAUCAUGGCUUGAUGCAGUGAUUUUAAGCCAAGAAAACAGCAGGAUGGCAGUAGUAGAUGUGAAAUGAAGAUGCAUGUCUCUUCAGAAACUCUGGCUUCUGCUUUCUUCCUUCCUUCUCUUUACCAAAUUGGUGUCUCCAUUAUUCCAGAAUUACACAGGUGAAGCAAGGACCAGAACUUUUACCCUUCAUUUUUUAAAAGUGAACAUUGGCUUUUGCCUGGAGUGUUUUUGUCCUGUCACUUCAUUUUCUGAGGCAGGGGUCAGGUAAAUGAGAAAUAUAGAAUAAGUAUUUUUAAUUAAAAUCAGAUUUAAGCUAUUAAUUACUUUGAAAUUCUCUAUAUUAAUAGAGAUCUAAUGAAUGGAAAUUAAAGGCCUAUAUUGCAAAUAUUGAACAGUUCUUAUAUAUUUUUGACAAAAUCAGUAUAUAUAUAUAUGAAUAUUUGAAACAUGCGUAAGGGUGAAAAUUGGAAAAUUGUUCUUGUGUUGAUAGGUUUAUAAAUUGAAAUUCUUAAUAUCCAAUACCAAAACCCUAUCAAAGGGCUAAUGAAAAGAAAAUGUAAUGUAUUCUGAUGAACAGCCUGUGUAAUACAAUUGAUGGGUGUGAUUUUUUUUUUUUCUGUGUUAUAUUUAUUAUAUGUAAGUAAACAAUAAAGAUUCUAAAUCUUA